AUGUUCACAUCUGCUCGGCGCUGGCUGCGGAACAAUCGUACACCCAUUGCUGUCGGCGUGGGCGUCAUCGGUGCCGGUUACGUCGCGACGCAAUAUGUCAUUGGAAAGCUUAAUGAUGCCCGCGAGCGCAUGAGCAGCGACCGCAUCGCCAAGGAGAAUCUGCGACGUCGCUUCGAACAGAAUCAGGAGGACUGCACAUUCACCGUACUGGCUCUCCUGCCCUCCGCCACGACUGCCAUUCUCGAAGCCAUGAACACGGAGCAGAUCACAUUUGAGAUCCAGCAGAUGAAAGCCACCAAGGCUAUAAAGAACGGUGGCCCCGAAUCUGCAGCCCCGCCCAGCAUCGCAGAUACUACAUUGACAGAGGACGACGGGAAGAGCAUGGCUGGCCAAAGCGAGAGCGGUGCACAGUCCAGCCAGGCCCCUACAUCUUCACCAUUCAACGCCGGUGGCGAAGCGAACAAGGAAGCACCGAAGCCUCGCAAGACGAAGCGACAACUAUGGGAUGACGUGACCAUCAGCGGCGAAAGUUAUCUAUCGAGCGUGGUGGCCCUUGCAACAGGUGGCCAACAAGGCACCAUCAGUCUUGAGAACAACGACGACGACAACACAGAACAGACGUAUGGCAGUGACUUCGACAUAAACCGCAAGUACCUGACCUUCAGUUGGUGGCUACUGAACAAAGGAUGGGUGGGCUUGAUGCACCGAGUAGAGAGCGCCGUGCGCACCGUCUUUGGCAGCCUGAGCCCUAGGGAUCUCCUGAGCUUUGAGAGGUUCUCCGAGUUGACGACUGAGGUGAGGAAGCUUGUUGAAGGUUCGACCAAGGAGGAGCGUCAGAAGUCAGACUGGCUCAACUUUCUCCUCCCACCCCGGGGCAUGGAGGACGAAGUGAUUCGAGAGUCGGGCAUCCUCGACGAGACAUCCAAUCAGGGUGGCGAUCAGUCAACACCCGCGUCACAGGCAAUCCUAAGACGGCUGCUUGACGAGACAGCCGACCUUAUCGAAUCACCCAGUUUCACGCACGUCCUCACUCGUCUCCUCGAUGCGGGCUUCUCCUAUCUCAUUGAUAAUAAGCUCGCCACGGCCGCGUUUGAACUCCCGGCUUCAGAUGGUAUCGUCACUCCCGAACUCAAGGACCAGCAGCGCUCAAAGGUAAUUCUACUGCCAAAGAUCCUGUCGGUGUUAACACGUCAGGCACAUGUCAUUGGCGACGGAAUGCCCAACGAAUACCUCCAGAAGAUGGAGACUGUCCGUGAUCUGGAGGCUUUUGCUGCCGUCGUGUAUUCAAGUAAUUGGGAGCAGGAAAUUCGCACAGAUGAUGACCUGGUGGCCAGUGCUGUUGAUCUUGGCGCUUCGCAGACAGCUGGUGGCACCAAGGCAUCGCAACCACAGACUCAAUCUCAGACACAGACACAGACACAGACACAGACACAAGUCCAAUGUGCACAAGGCGAAUCAAGCCUGGUUGUGGUAGACCCUCAGGGGGGCUUCGAGAGCGCAUGGGGACGAGCAGUGGAGGACAAGUCGUGA